CAGCGGGGGUGUCGCUGCUGCCGGCCGGUGCCCGGAGCGCGGACGCGGGGCGGCAAGCGAGAAGGCGGGGCAGGGCAGGGUCGGGCACGACUGGGCUGGGCUAGGCUGGGCUAGGCGAGUCGGAAGCGGUGCUCGCACGGGCUCGGCGGGAGCGUGCGGCUCGAUGAACUCACGCAAAGUAUUGGCCCUGCAGGCUCGCAGGCGGCGGCCGAAGCAGCCCGCGGCGGCCGGCAGGAGGGACAAACACCCGCCGCCCCACAAAAAGCCAGAGCCUCAGCAGAAAGCUCCCUCAGCACCUCCACCCCCACCGCCACCCCCACCUCCACCCCUGCCGGAGCCAACCCCGCCAGAGCCAGAGGAGGAGAUCCUCGGGUCUGACGAUGAGGAGCAGGAGGAUCCCGCGGAUUAUUGCAAAGGUGGCUAUCAUCCAGUGAAAAUUGGCGAUCUCUUCAAUGGCAGGUAUCAUGUUAUUAGAAAGCUAGGAUGGGGACACUUCUCUACAGUCUGGCUAUGCUGGGAUAUGCAGGGAAAAAGAUUUGUUGCAAUGAAAGUUGUAAAAAGUGCCCAGCAUUACACAGAGACAGCCUUGGAUGAAAUAAAGUUACUCAAAUGUGUUCGUGAAAGCGACCCUAAUGAUCCCAACAAAGAUAUGGUUGUACAACUAAUCGAUGACUUCAAAAUUUCUGGAAUGAAUGGAAUACAUGUUUGUAUGGUCUUUGAGGUACUUGGACACCAUCUCCUAAAAUGGAUAAUCAAGUCCAAUUAUCAAGGCCUUCCCAUCCGUUGUGUUAAAAGUAUAAUUCGACAGGUUCUUCAAGGUCUAGAUUAUCUACACAGCAAGUGCAAGAUCAUUCAUACGGAUAUUAAGCCAGAAAACAUUCUGAUGUGUGUGGACGAUGCCUACGUUCGUAGAAUGGCUGCUGAAGCUACUGAAUGGCAGAAAGCUGGAGCUCCUCCUCCUUCUGGCUCAGCAGUGAGUACAGCUCCACAGCAAAAGCCUGUUGGGAAAAUAUCCAAAAACAAAAAGAAAAAAAUGAAGAAAAAACAGAAGAGGCAAGCAGAGCUGUUAGAAAAACGCCUGCAGGAAAUAGAAGAACUGGAGCGAGAAGCCGAAAGGAAAAAAAUAGAAGAAAAUGUAACCUCAGCUGUACCAUCAAAUGAACAAGAAGAUGAGUACCACCCAGAGGUGAAACUAAAAACAGCUGAUCUCGAAGAGGUCGUAGAUGAAGAAACUGGAAAUGAUGAUGGUGAAACAGAAGAUCAGGAUGAAAAAGAAGACACAGAGAAAGAAAACACUGAAAAAGAUGAUGAUGUUGAGCAGGAACUUGUCAGCAAUGACCCUACAGACCCUAAGUGGAUAGAAUCACCUAAAACAAAUGGCCAUAUUGUGAAUGGCCCAUUUCUAUUGGAACAACAGAUCGAAGAUGAAGAUGACGAAGAGGAAGAAUGUCCAAAUGCAGAAGAAUAUAAUCUUGAUGAGCCAAAUGCAAAAAGUGAUUACUCUUAUAGCAGCUCUUAUGAACAGUUUAAUGGUGAAUUGCCAAAUGGACGUCAUAAAAUUCCUGAGUCACAGUUCUCUGAAUUUUCAGCUUCAGUGUUCUCUGGGGCUCUAGAGUCUGUAGCUUGUGGUUCUGCUGUUUCUGAAGGAUCAACUGUAACAGAAAGAGAGGAAAGCAGCCCAUCUCAUGACAGGAGCAGAACGGUUUCAGCUUCAAGCACUGGGGAUUUGCCAAAAACAAAAACUCGUGCUGCUGACUUACUGGUGAAUCCACUGGACCCAAGAAAUGCAGAUAAAAUUAGAGUUAAAAUUGCUGACCUGGGAAAUGCCUGCUGGGUGCAUAAGCACUUCACAGAAGACAUCCAGACAAGACAAUAUAGAUCCAUAGAGGUUUUAAUAGGAGCAGGUUACAGUACACCUGCUGAUAUCUGGAGUACAGCAUGUAUGGCAUUUGAGCUAGCAACUGGAGAUUAUUUGUUCGAACCACAUUCUGGUGAAGACUAUUCCAGAGAUGAAGACCACAUAGCACACAUCAUAGAGCUGCUAGGCAAUAUCCCAAGGCACUUUGCUCUAUCUGGAAAAUAUUCUCGGGAAUUCUUCAAUCGCAGAGACCACAUAGCUUUGAUCAUUGAACUGCUGGGAAAAAUCCCUCGAAAAUACGCUAUGUUGGGGAAAUAUUCCAAGGAGUUUUUCACCAAAAAAGGAGAACUCCGACACAUUACGAAGUUGAAGCCUUGGAGUCUUUUCGAUGUGCUUGUGGAGAAGUACGGCUGGCCUCACGAAGACGCUGCACAGUUUACAGAUUUCCUGAUCCCCAUGCUAGAAAUGGUCCCAGAGAAACGUGCUUCAGCUGGAGAAUGCCUUAGGCAUCCGUGGCUGAAUUCUUAGCAGAAUUUCUCAGCUAUAAAACAAGCCAGCAACCACUUUGCAAUGCAUCGGACCUAAAUGGUGACUGUCACAAAUCCUCUAGCAGGAUCACACGUGAGCUGGCUUCAAUCCUCAGACCUUUAUUUUGCUUGAGGUACUGUUUGACAUUUUGCUUUUCGUGCACUGUGUUCUUGGGAAGGGUAGUCUUUUUGUCCUCAGCUAGUAGUUUACUCACCCACUUUCUUCAGAAAACACUUAACGUGUCUUUAAGCAUUGUUUCUUGUGUUGUGUGGCAUUCAGAUGUCAGAUUUUUGAACAAAAGAAACUUCCUCCCAUGUGUUUUGGCAAGUUUUGUAACUAUUUAUGAAAAAACUAUUUUAGCUGAUGCAUAUUAUAUAAUUUACAAGCGUAAGAAAUUUAUGAAGUCAGAAGUGAGUUAUGGCAAGGAACUGUACAAUUUUAUCUUCUGGCAAAGGGACGUCAUUCCUGUAUUAUAGUGUAUGUAAAUGCACCCUGUAAAUGUUUAUUUCCAUUUAAAUACGGGACCGGGGACUCAAUUUCAGAGUAAAGCUACUAAGUUUUAGAGAGCUUUAUAGCAAACCAAUUGCAUGUAGUGACUUCAGACUGCUUUAAGGAAUUGUGUAAACUUUCUAUUCUGUAGCAGUUCCCGUUCAUUGGAUUUUAAACAAAGUGGCUCUGGUUUACAGGAUUUCAUUCCCCAAACGGCACUUUAAAGGAAGGCUAGACUUCUUUCUAAUAAAGUAUGCAUUAUCAUUUAGCACUCCCUUUUAGAACUUUUGCCUAUUUUAAGUGCUUUUAAGGAAAGAAAAAAGCAAUUUCCCUUACAAUGUGAUAGUGAAGACAUGGUACCAUAUGGUGUUGCCUUUUUCUAAGCACUGUAAGUUGUACUAUACCUUAAGAAACAAAUUAAAGGUCGAGCAUGAGAACCACUCUGUGUAGAAUUACUGAUCUUUUAUAAUAAAAGUGUGUGCUUGAGUCAGCAAAGGGAGGACAGCUGCAAAUAUUUAGAGUGCAGUGAGUAAAAUGCAAGAAGCGAGAUCAUGCUCAUCCCAUUCAUAGCUUUACAUGUUUCUAAAACAAAUUGCACUAGCUUUAUUUUUCCCAUAACUAGACAUACAGCUCUUUGUACGUUGCACGCAAAACUACGCUUUCCUAGGAAAAAAGCUACAUAGACUGAGGCUUAUAGGCAAUACAGGUUUUAGAAUGUACGAUACGGAGGUGUGUUUUGGCCUCUUUUAGAAGUCAGUGGGAUGAAUGUAAGCUUAGUUCUGAUUUUCAUGUAACUAUGGUGCCACUUUUUACUGAUUUUGUCCAUAUGAAAUUUAUUCACAUGCCUUUGCAAUAACUAGAUUGUGAGAAAAUAGCCCCAUGCUGUAACAAUAACCAGUUGUUUGAGGUGCUUGCAGUUGUCUAAUUAAAGUGUUUUGUUUUUUCA